AUGCUUUCAAUUUUUUCUUUCAAUCGAUCUGUUUCAUUUCAUUCUAUAUUCACUCUCUUAACAUCUACUAUUCGUCAUUCGACAUCAAUUUCAUCGGAUACAAAAUCAAAUGAAGAUGCAGAACAUCAUCAUCGUUUAGCUACAACAAAAAGAAUGCGUAUAUUAGGUUUACAGAGUAAUCAAGCUCGUCGAGCACUUUCAAUCUAUGAUGAUUAUGUAUAUCAACAAAAAAAAUUGCCUGAUUUACGUAUGCUUGGAGUUGCUAUUAAUUGUGCAAUGAUUGCUGAAGAUUUAGCUAAAGGUCGUGAAAUUCAUCAAUUUAUUGAACAUAAUUUUCCACAUUUAAAAGAUAAUCUUAUGUUGAAACAACAACUUCGUUAUUUUUAUAUUAAAUGUAACGAUAAAUUAUCAGCUGAUAAACUUUUUCAACAAACAUCAACAAUAAAACAUACACAACAAAAUCAAAAACAAACAAUAAAUCUUGAUUCAAAUCAGAUAGAUAAAAAUUAA